GUGGACGCGGCACGAGCAGGCCGAGUUCCUGAGUGUGGCCUCACAUUUGGGCUGCUUUUGGGGGUUUCUGGGUGUUUCUUUCUCCAUUCUUUGGCCGUUUUUCUCCAUUCUUUGGCCGUUUUUCGCCGUUUUUUCGCCGUUUUUAACCGUUUUCCCCGUUUUUCACCCCGCUGCCAGGUGGACGCGGCGCGAGCAGGCCGAUUUCCUGCGCGUGGCCUCGUCCUUCGGCGUGGAGCUGGAGCCGGGCUCGGGCCGCUUCCGCUGGGGCCGCUUCCGCGCGCUGGCCGGGCUGGAGCGCCGCUCGGACGAGGAGCUGACGCGCUUCUACCACGGCUUCGUGGCCAUGUGCCGCCAGGUCUGCCGCCUGCCGCCCGCGCCCGGAGACGUGCCCCCCGCGGUGUCCCCGGCGCCGCUGGCCUGCCCCCCGCGGCGGCUGUGGCUGCUGCGCUGCCUGCGGGAGCGCGUGCUGCCGUUAACCCCUUUCGCGCCGUUUGAACCCAUGCCUGACGCCGUGCCCCCCGCGGUGUCCCCGGCGCCGCUGGCCGUGCCCCACUUUAACCCUUUCUGUGCCAUCUUUAACUCCAUUUUUAACCAUUUCGAUGCCAUCUUUAACCCUUUCGAUGCC